AUGAGAGAGGACAUCACACAGGACAUCACAGAGGACAUGAGAGAGGACAUGAGAGAGGCCGUGAGAGAGGACGUGAGAGAGGACAUGAGAGAGGACAUGAGAGAGGACAUCAGAGAGGACAUGAGAGAACACAUCACAGAGGACAUGAGAGAGGACAUCAGAGAGGACAUGAGAGAACACAUCACAGAGGACAUGGGAGAGGACUUGAGAGAGGACAUGAGAGAGGACGUGAGAGAGGACAUGAGAGAGGACAUCAGUUCUCAGUGGGACAUGACGCUGCUUGCUCGGACGCUGUUCUUCCUGUCCUGUCUGUCCCCCUGUGCAGCUGUCCCGUCCCCAGCCUGUCUCCCGUCCCCAGCCUGUCUCCUGUCCCCAGCCUGUCUCCCGUCCCCAGCCUGUCUCCCGUCCCCAGCCUGUCUCCUGUCCCCAGACUGUCUCCUGUCCCCACCCUGUCUCCCGUCCCCAGCCUGUCUCCCGUCCCCAGCCUGUCUCCUGUCCCCAGCCUGUCUCCAGCUCCACCCGGACACGUCCCAGUUCUUCAGGUACGAGCGCGUGUCCCUGACCUGUGAGGAUCCGUCCAACUCCAGCGCGUGGGCGGUGAGGAGGAGCACCUCGGGGGGGGGGGUGCGGCCCUGCUCCUCCGGGUGGGGGGGCACCACCUCCUCCAGCUCCUCCUGCAGCAUCGGGAACCUCUACCCGUCCGACAGCGGCCUCUACUGGUGCGAGUCUGCAGGCGGAGCGCGGAGCUGCAGCGUCAACAUCACCGUCACUGACCGCUCUGUGGUUCUGGAGAGUCCGACCCUUCCUGUGUGGGGGGGGGCGUCUCUGUCUCUACGCUGCAGAGACAAAGACACGCUGUCCCACGACCACGUCUUCAACUUCUUCAGGGACGGCGUCCUCAUCCGCAGCAACUCCUCGGGCGAGAUGAACAUCAGCAGCAUCUCCAGAUCUGAUGAAGGCCUCUACAGCUGCAGCCUCUCUGGAGGACAAGAGUCUCUGUCCAGCUGGGUGUCCGUCCUCGGUGAGUGGACCUCAGCCUCAGAGACCAUCAGGUCUACUCCGUCCUCAGGUCCAGCUCCGUCCUCAGGUCCAGCUCCGUCCUCAGGUCCACCGUCUGUCCUCAGGCUGAUGUCUCACCUGCUGGUGGGGACGCCCUACCUGCUGGCCACCAUCGUACUGGGAGUGAUCCUCAGAGACAGGAAGAGAGCAGCUCGGACCCUCGGACCCCCUGCAGAGAGGAGAAGCAGAGAUGAUGUCAUCAUGGAGAUCCUGGAAUAG